UCCGGCCGCCAGGCGGCGCCGCAGCGUGCGGCGGGUGGAGCGGCCAUGGCGCUGUCCGGCGACCUGUGGGCAGAGCUGCCGGCUGAGCGCCGCAUCUUCUGCUCCGUCCUGCUCUUCUCGUGGGCCGUCUACCUCUGGGAGGCUUUCCUGGCGCACCGGCAGAGGCGGGUGUAUAGAACAACAACACAUGUACCCCAGGAGCUGGGACAGAUCAUGGACUCAGAAACAUUUGAAAAAUCUCGCCUCUAUCAGUUGGACAAAAGUACUUUCAGCUUUUGGUCAGGCCUCUAUUCAGAGGUUGAGGGCACUAUGAUUCUCCUCUGUGGAGGAAUUCCUUUUCUAUGGAAACUGUCUGGUCAGAUCUCUGGUCGUGCUGGGUUUGGACCAGAAUAUGAGAUUGUUCAGUCUUUGGUAUUUCUGCUGCUUGCAACACUCUUCAGUGCACUGACUGGUCUCCCAUGGAGUUUGUAUAAUACAUUUGUCAUAGAAGAGAAACAUGGCUUCAAUCAACAGACACUGGGAUUCUUUUUUAAGGAUGCUAUCAAGAAGUUUGUUGUGACUCAGUGCAUUCUGUUGCCAGUGACAUCCCUUCUGCUUUACAUUAUUAAAAUAGGGGGAGACUACUUUUUUAUCUAUGCCUGGCUCUUCACAUUAGUUGUUUCCUUGGUGCUGGUUACAAUCUAUGCAGAUUACAUUGCGCCUUUGUUUGAUAAAUUCAUUCCGCUGCCGGAGGGAGAGCUCAAGCAGCAAAUUGAAACAAUGGCAAAGAGCAUUGACUUCCCACUGACUAAGGUGUAUGUUGUUGAAGGUUCUAAGCGUUCUUCCCACAGCAAUGCUUAUUUCUAUGGAUUCUUCAAGAACAAGAGGAUAGUACUGUUUGACACACUCCUGGAAGACUAUUCUGCUUUGAACAAAGAACCAGCAGAAGGAGAAGAUGGUGAGAGUGAAGAAACAAAGUCUAAAACCAAAAAUAAGAAACAAGGAUGUAAAAAUGAAGAAGUUCUGGCUGUACUUGGUCAUGAAUUGGGUCACUGGAAACUAGGUCAUACUGUCAAAAAUAUAAUUAUCAGCCAGAUGAAUUCCUUCCUUUGCUUCUUCCUGUUUGCUGUGCUGAUUGGUCAGAAAGAACUCUUUGCUGCAUUUGGUUUCUAUGACACCCAGCCUACCCUGAUAGGCUUGAUGAUUAUUUUCCAGUUCAUUUUUUCACCUUACAAUGAGGUUCUCUCAUUUUGUUUGACAGUAUUAAGCCGCCGAUUUGAGUUUCAAGCAGAUGCAUUUGCCAAGGAACUUGGGAAGGCCAAGGACUUAUAUUCUGCUUUGAUCAAGCUAAACAAAGAUAAUUUAGGAUUCCCUGUUUCUGACUGGAUCUUUUCCAUGUGGCAUUACUCCCACCCUCCCCUUUUAGAGAGACUUCAGGCCUUGAAAGAUGCAAAGCAAGAGUGACAGCAGUGGUUGCUGCUUCAGAGACACUGCUUCCAUCUCAGAAGCAAAGUUCAGAGCUGCUUUUUAAUUUUUUUUUUUAAAUGGAUAAUGCAAAUUAAGCACGCUGUUAACAGCACCACACAUCUGAGUAUCCUGAAACAGGUAUUAAAUUAUAAAUGACUUAUUUUUAACAAAAACAAAACUGUGGAACUUAAUUUAGAAAAAGUGCUGGGUGAAGACCUUUCCCCCCCCACCCACCACACUGACUUUUAUUUCCAUAUCAUAGUAUAGACUUUUAAAGGGAGGAAAACAAAUGUAGACUUCAAAGCACCUUUUUUUUUUUCAGUUUGUGUAUGCCUUGAACAUUGCUUUUGAUCCUUUUUCUAUUCUCAGCAUUCUGUGAACCUUCCCAGUCUCACCCUCUUCACAGUGAAGAGGCUUGGGGUGAUUUGAUUUCCUGUAUAAUGAUACUUGUGCUUGCCAGUGUGUUUGAAAAAGCUGAAUUCAGCUGCAGGCUUUUCUCCUGCAUUCCUGUCUGUCAGAAUGAUCAAUGCUACUUAAUAAAACCUUCUUUCUCUGAAGUGUGGGAAGAAGGAUGAAUUAUA